CCAUAUUUUCUUCUUUUAUUUUUUAAUUAAUAAUAAUAAAUAAAGGCAAAUCUCAAAUUCUAUAACUUCACACUCUUUGGCCUUACCUCAUCUCUUCUCUAUUCUUCUCAAACCAGCUUAUUUUAUUGCAACUAUUACCAUCACUUACAAUAUAUUAUCCUUUUAAAAUCCAAACAAACCCUUGGGAUCAAUAAACAAAAGAAAAUUGAUUUGUAAUGAAAGGAGAAUACGUAGAGCAACAUUCUUCAAAUCCCAACAAAGGAAAUGAAACACCACCACCUUCUUUACUAUUCUCAAAGCCAUUUCACCCUUUUCAACUUUCUCAUCAUGAAUGUCAACCAAUCGGUGAAGAUGAUAACAACAACACCAGCGGCGGCGUUGCUACCACUCAGAAACCUAACACCUCCGGCGACGGUGCAACUAUCGAGGUUUCUAGACGGCCGAGAGGACGUCCACCUGGCUCAAAAAACAAACCAAAACCACCUAUUAUCAUCACAAGGGAUCCAGAAACUGUGAUGAGUCCUUUUAUUCUAGAUAUUUCUGGUGGAAAUGAUGUUGUUGAAGCUAUUUCAGAGUUUAGUCGUCGUAAGAAUAUUGGUUUAUGUGUUUUAACUGGUUCAGGAACUGUUGCUAAUGUUACUCUUCGUCAACCUUCAACUACACCAGGAACCACCGUUACUUUUCACGGCCGUUUUGAUAUUCUUUCUAUAACUGCCACUUUUGUUCCUCAACAACACGGUGUUUCUCCGGCGAUUCCGAGUAACUUCUCGAUCUCUCUUGCUGGACCUCAAGGACAGAUUGUUGGAGGAAUUGUUGCUGGAAAUUUGAUAGCUGCAGGGACGGUGUUUGUGAUUGCUUCUUCGUUUAAUAAUCCGUCGUAUCAUAGGUUGCCGUUGGAAGAAGAUGAAGGUGGAAACUCGGUGUCUGGUGGUGGUGAAGGAAACUCGCAGAAUGUUUCCGGUGCGGUGGACAGUGGACAAGGUCAGGGUGGUGGUGGUGAGUCGUGUGGGAUGUCGAUGUACAACUGUCAUUUGCCGUCGUCGGAUGUGAUUUGGGCUCCGUCUGCUAGACCACCACCACCUUACUGAUAUCAUCAUCAUUCACAUUUUCAUAAACUUUGUUGCAAAAUCUUUUCUGUUAUGCUGGUUUUUUUGUCUCUAUUUUUAUUAUGGUUAUCUCUGUUUAAUUAUUAUUAUUAUAUUUAUAAUUAGUAGCUUUGUUUAGUUUGUGAACAGAAAUUAACAAGACUAGCUUAGUAUGGUAGUUAUAUGUAGCUAGCUAGGUUGGUUUAUUUUCAUUGACAUAUCAUUUGUUGCGUUGUUCAUCAUGUAUUAGUAUUAAUCUUUUUACUUUAUUAACUAGUUCUACUUUGUGUGGGUUUGUAUGAUUAA